AUGGCGAUCACCCUGUCAUCCCUGCCCAAUGAACUCCUCCUGCAAAUAUGCAAACGUCUCGCGAACGACACCGAUCUAUCUAAUUUCCGCUUAGUCUGCCGGUUAUUUGGCGAAGUUGGCCUCCCUGCCUUAGGCGCAAGAGUGACUUUUGCGCUGGUGCCCGAGAGCAUCAACCGGCUGCGCGACAUAUCCUCAGAUCCCGUUUUCAGCCGCCAUACAUCUACAGUCGUUUGCUUGAUGAACGUCUUUUAUCCUUACAGUACUAUCAGGUCUUUGAAGUUUUCUAUGACAAAGCCGUUGACCUCUGGGAAUCAUGUGGCGCACGAAGUCGGCCUUUCAGAGGAUGACUGGGCGGAGAGCAUGAUGCAUUACAAUCUACUGCUGGCUGCCCAAGACGAAGCUUUCAAGACCUUGCAGACUUCACAAGACCUCCAGAUUGCUUGUCGGCGCUUCAAUAACCUGCAGAAUUUGCAUAUCCGAGACGCCAGGGGCUUCCAGCCAGAUCAUUUACGCAGCAACCAGGCUUACCAAUUUCUUAGUCAACGGCACGGUGAUUUGACACACUGCUCUGUCUUGCCAGCUUUCAAUUUUAGCGUCUUCCCGCACAAAAUCGCCCUUCCUGGUGUUUGCUUGCUAUCAUCGUUGUUAGGCGCCUUCACUGAAUCUCAACUGAGGACUCUACAGGUCGAUGCACUCGCUCUCGAAGUUUUCCAGGAGGAAGAUGAGGUCUACUCCCAGAUAAGGAAAUGCAUCCAGAGUCUCCGCACGUUGAAAUUAUGCAUCUGGGCCGCGAGUGAAGAUGAUGAGAGGGAGAGGGCCGACCGAAUUCUGUCCAAGAACCGACUCAAGAAGUUUCUAUGCUCGGCUCCCCAUCUCGAAGUCUUGGAAGUCAGUAUCAAUGGCGCAUUCUUCGGGACUGGGAUUUACUACGCCAAUUCAGCUUAUAUUCUACCGAGAGAGUACACAUGGCAUCGCAUACGAAGGCUCCGGUUUUCGCAGGUUGAAUUCUUGACAUCUGAUUUCUUGGAUUUCCUCAGCUUCCAUGGACACACCCUUGAAUAUGUUGGACUAAGAGAUUGCGCAAUUGCCGGCCCCCCUUCGCAAGGUCUACAGCGAUGCUUUUGGUCAGAUAUUCUCAUCCCUCUGGCCACCACGUACUCCCUUUCAACCCUUUCGCUUUCCGGCUGGUUCACAGUGCCGGCUUUCGUCGAGCAUGAUCAGAACCAAGAAAUUAGGAUCCUCCCCGCGAUGAACAUGGAGCAUGACAGAGUCAAGGAUGUCAAGCUCAGUGUGGGGAAAGCAAUCGAAAUGGCUGCUUGCUCGAAAGAAUUCAACUCGUUUUUACAAGCUGAAGUGGGAAGACGUAAUGGCCUGGCUAUGGACACCGACGGGAGCGCUAUAGAAGGUCUAGCUACCGAGAUCAAGGAAGGCAUUAUCCGAGAUUUGAUGGACCGCGAGCCAGUCAGACCGACGAAGGUAGCAACCGAAGUCGUCCCAACAAGAUACUCGGAUUACCUUAAGUUGUUUACACAAGACGAUGAGUAG